AUGGCGUCUGCAAUGGCCAAGCGCCUCGAAGGCAAGACUGUCCUGGUAACAGGAGCGUCCAGCGGUAUUGGCAAGAGCACCGCCCUCGAAUUCGCCCGCACCUCGCCCAAAUCCCUCAAACUAAUCCUCACCGCCCGCCGCAUCGACAGCCUCAAAGCCCUCGCCUCAGAAAUCCAGUCCGAAGUCGGCUCAGGCGUCCAAGUCCUCCCCGUGCAACUCGACAUCUCCGACCCAGCCCAAGUCCGCGACUUCAUCCCUUCCCUCCCGCAAGAAUUCCAAACCAUCGACGUGCUCGUCAACAACGCCGGGCUCGUCAAGGGCGUGGACAAAGCGGGGGAUAUCAAGGAGGGGGAUAUCAACGUGAUGCUGAGCACGAAUGUCACCGGGCUGAUCAACAUGACGCAGCAGUGUUUGAAGGUCAUGAAGCCGCGCAAUGAGGGCGCCGGGGCGGGGGAUAUCAUCAACAUCGGCAGUAUCGCUGGGCGGGCGGGAUACCCGGGUGGGAGUAUCUACUGCGCGACAAAAGCUGCUGUGCGGUCGUUCACGGAGGCGAUUCGCGCGGAGUUGAUCUCGUCGCGGAUUCGCGUUAUUGAGAUUGAUCCGGGGCAGGUGGAGACGGAGUUUAGUGUGGUGAGGUUCUAUGGGGAUAAGAGCAAGGCGGAUGCUGUAUAUGCUGGAUGUACGCCGCUCACGCCGGAUGAUAUUGCUGAGACGGUUGUUUUUGCUGCGGGCAGGCCUGAGAAUGUGGUUAUAGCGGAUCUGCUGGUUUUCCCCAACCACCAGAGCAGUGCGACGUCGAUGUACAAGAAGUCGUAA